AUGCCCAAGGUCUGCCCUGGACUUGUUCCGGGGCGAGCCCCCUCCCCUCGGGCUCUGUGCCUGCCCAGGGACCACGUCGCGUUCGAGCCAGGCCCUCGUGGAUGCUCCUUGCGUCUCGUGGACGGCGCGAUCACGAGGGUCCGCUUCAGGAACCGCGGCGGCGUGUUCGAGCCGGAGCUGCGCGCGACGAACUGCGACGCCCCCGCAGCGCAGGGCUUGGACGUGAAGAGCAUGGCCAACCGCGUGCUCGAACACUUCAAGGUGAGCUUCACGGUAGCGCCUUGGUCAGAGGAGGCCCAGUUGACCAUCAAGGGCUUCCACAUGGUGUUCGACGCGCAGUGCGCGCUCGUGCGGGAUCAGGGCAAUGAGACUCGCGCGGCCCUGUUGGGAUCCAGCCCUUGGAUGCUCGGCAUGAUCUCGGUGGCGCUGCUUAUUAUGGAGAUCGCGGUUGGCGAGGCGCCGAUGGGCGGAGAGGCCAAGUUGAUGGAGUAUCGCGUCGCCCGGGCGUGGGACAUCCUAGACGUCUUCCACAGCGUUCGCAUCGCCCUUGAGGAAGGGCGCGAGAGCCAGGGGGUGGGUGGCGACGUCGGCGGCGGCUCAGCGGGCGGCGGCGUCGAUGGCGAGGGCGACCGCGAGUUCGAGGGGCUGGGCAAUCGAGCCAGCCCCGGCGGCGCCUCGGCCGCGGAGGAGGAGGGGCCGCCGCUGGCGGGCGUGGCCAACGACGGCGCGGGAAAGGCCGCAAGGGCGCCGCCAGCGGCGGCUGCGGCCGAGGGGUGCGGCGAGGACGCAGACGCCAAUUUCCUGAUGCCAGGCGACCCGGAGGCCCCCUCCAUGGAUGAGGGGCACGGCGAGGACCAGAGAUGGCGCUUGCGCUGCGCGGGGUCGGCGUGGGCAAGGGCAGGGGGGGGAUUCGAGCCAGAGUGGAGGGGCCUCGCCCAGCUUGAAAAAGCUUCGAUGGACUCACAGGGGGCGUGGAAGGGGCGGGGCUGCGCGUCGUUGAUCGGCUUCCCUCAGGACGGCGCCUCGGCGCAGAUGCAGGAGCACGGCGAUGUUUUCCUCGCCGGCAGGGAGAUUAUGAAUAAGACAAUUUUGCGAGGUGAACCCACUGUCUUCUGUUCGGAUGUGCGUGGCUCCAUCCGGAAGACCCUGCCGAGCCAAGAGCCAGCCGUCCGCGGGAAAACAGUCGCCCUCCGGCAGCACCAUUGGAAGGCGGUCAUGCAGGCGGGGCUCGGCCAGUAUCACAUUGGCACGCGCGACGACGGCUCGAGCGCGGAGGGCCAGCCGGGCGCCCCGCGGAUCCACUCGAAGCUGCCGCCGCCCGACCGCCGCGACCUCCACCUGCCAUUCCGCAACAGCCUGAUGAAGCUGCGCGGCGUUUCCCUGCAGGACAUCGCGAUCACGUGCCCCGAGUUCACGGACGAGACGACCGGUGUGCUGUGGCGCUUCAAGAGGAUUGCCGUCGGGGCGCGGCUCCGCGGAGAGAGCGCGUGCUGCCCGAUGAUCGCGCCGCCCGGAGUCCGCGCCUCGAGCCCGGAGCUGCACCGGCGGGCGUCCUCCGUGAGCUCCAGCUCGAGCCAGGCUCCUCCUGGCCCCGAGUGGCGGAAGCGCCGCUCGCGCCGGGCGAUCCAGCGCAUGCACAUGCGGAACCGGGCCAACCGCAAGUUGGAGCGGCGCGCGCUGCGGGACAGCGGCAUAGCGCUGAGUGCCAUCGUGGACUCGCGGGGCUACUCGAUGAGGCCACCCCGCAUGCCGCGCAGCCCGACCGCGGGCGUGUCGAACACGGUUUGCGUCACCAUUUCUGCUCAGGGCGGCCCGGUGUGGACGAAGGCGGCGGAGGAGCUGUCGGAGUUUGGAGAGAUCGCCCGCCUCGACGUCAGUCUGUCGAUCACGCUCGGAACCGUGCUGGUGACGUACUUCGACGUGCGGUGCGCACAGAUGGCACUGUUAUCCAUGGCGUCCUUCGCCGCACCUUUCCCGCAAGCGGAGCAGGAUUGUCGCAUCGUCUUGGUAGACGUCCCAAGCCUCUGCCAGAAGCUGGGCCGCACAACAGGGUUCCAGGAUUUCGGAGAGGUGGCCCAAGUCGACAUCGUUGCGGGGCAGUCGGUCGUCGAGUUCUACGACUGUAGAUCCGCACAAGCGCUCUUGGCAGCUGCUGGUGACUGCGCCACCCCGCUGCCCGCAAGCGCUGUCUUACCAUCUACCCGCCCGCCUAAAGACGCUUCAGGGCACCUGCCAGCGCCUCAGAGAGGGCGGGCGUGCGACGUGGCUGGGCGUCGCGAGGCGCAGGACUUCGAGAAGGAGUGGAAGUUCGGCGUCGAUCCAGGCGCCAUUCUGCGCGGUGAGGACAAGCGCACCACCGUCAUGGUCAAGAACCUGUAUGCCGCCGAGAAAGGAAAGGGGCUCUCGAGGCAAGGUCUGCUGCUGCUCCUGGACAGGUGCGGCCUCGGUGGCCGCUACUCUUUCUUCUACAUGCCGUGCAAUGAGAAGAAGGGUGAGCAUGGUCUUCCAGGCUUCGAGUAG